AUGUCGUUCAUGUGGAAUUCAUGCAAACAACUGGUGUUGUUGGAGUUAUCGAUAUACCAUGUCCUACUCCAAUAUGCAUAUAUAUGUAAAGACAGACAGUUUUACCAUGAGGCUAUCUGUUCUGGAGAAUAUAUUCCACGUAUGCCAGCACGGGUUACGCAGAUAACAUUUAUAAAUGGGCAUAUAGAAAUCCUUUCUGGAAUAACAAUGGCAAACCUUACAAAGAGUAGAAUUACCAAGCUGAACUUUACUAGCAAUGGGAUUCAGAAGAUAGAAACAGACGCGUUUUCACAUAUGACAACCAUGGUCCAAUUAGAUAUCUGUAAAGAAUCAAUCUUGAAGCCGAUUGAUAUUAGGAAUGCUUUAAAAAAUAUUAAUCCAAAUCGGCUACGAAGUAUCAGUUUUGCCAACAACGCUUGGACAGAACUGCCGAUUGAUAUGUUUGUUUCUCUUCUAAACAGGAAAUCUAAAAACAUUGUUCUUACAGGCAACACCUUUAAUGUUUUGAAUUUGUCAAUAUUUUCAAAAGUAGAAAAAUUGAUUAAACUAAAACUCCAACAGAAUCAAAUAAGAACAGUUUCAUUUGGAUAUUUAUCGAAUGUUCAACGACUAGAUCUUGGAUAUAAUGACAUUAGCGACAUUCCUUCUUUUUGCUUUCAUGAUACUAGCAACAGUAAAAUGCCAAAUUUGACAUAUCUUAGUUUAGCAUUUAACAGUUUAAAGAAUAUACGACCACUUAGAUGCCUGCCAAGGUUGACUGAACUUCGCUUGGAACAAAAUUUGUUGAAACGUAUUCAAACAAACACGUUCGCAUAUUUGAGUUCAUUGAACAAAUUAUACCUCAUGGCUGUCGGAGGUAAAAACUUAGAAACUUUAGAGAAAGGGGCUUUUAAUAGUACAUCUCUUAUACAUUUAUCCUUACGCGACUGUAAUUUCCAUUUUGAGAAAUUGAAUCACUCUGCUCUCGCAGAUCUAUUUUCAAACUGCAGAAAUCUCCAACAUUUGGAUCUUGCUCAAAAUGUUAUUAAUCCUGGAAGGAUACUUUUAGGACCACUGCUAUAUCCUUUAGAAAAGCUGAAAUACCUGAAUCUUGAGCUAACUAAGCUUACUUAUUUACCAAACCAAGUGUUCUCGAAAAUGUCUCUUUUGGAAACCCUAAGCAUGAAUUCAAAUAAGAUAUAUGGCUGGGACGAGGCUAAAAUUUUUGACAAUGUUUCCUCUCUACAAGAACUUGACGUGAGUAACAAUUAUAUCAAAGUUAUAAACAAAUCAUCCAUUCCACCUCAGCUGUUGUCUAGUUUACGUAGAAUAAAUCUUGCUACGAACCAGUUUUCGUGUACCUGCCACCAAAUGUGGUUCGUCAAUUGGCUCAGAAGUUCCAAAAUUGAUAUCGUCAAUUAUCCGAAAAGAUAUCGUUGUGUGCAACCACCAGCUUUAAACGGGAUGCAACUCAAAGAUUAUAAGCCAACUAUUGAGUCAUGUACUCUCUGGAAUCCACUUUUUACCAUAGCGAUUUCAAUGUCGGUGUUCGGAUUUAUCAUUAUUGUAUCAAUUACAGUUUUUGUAAGGUGCUAUACUAAUUUAAAGAAUUAUAUAUAUCUCUUAAAAGUUAGUCGACGACAACGACAGGGUUAUCUCCCCUUAGAUAACAGUGAAGAUUACGAGUACCAUGCGUUUGUCGUUUACUGCGAUGCAAACCGUUUAUGGGUGCAUAACGAGUUUGUCAAGAAGCUUGAAAAUGAGGAAGGAUUAAAACUUUGCAUUCAUCACAGAGAUUUUGCUGUUGGCGAAACGAUUAUUGGAAAUGUAGAUACAUUAUUGAAGAAAUCUUGGAAAGUUGUUGUCAUCAUGUCAAAUGCGUUUGCCAAAAGUGAAUGGUGCCAGUGGGAAGUUGAUAUUGUUCAAGAAAGACGAAGACGACAAGGUAGAGAAGUUCUUCUUUUGAUAAUGCUUGAAAACAUAAAUUCGAAAAAUAUGACCAGUCCUUUGCGUAACUUACUAGAUAGUACACCGCAUCUUAAAUAUAGGACAGGUAUGGGCGAAGAAUUGUUUUGGAAAGCUGUAACUGAGGGUCUUCGAAAACCGAUUGGACAACCACCAAUUUCAGUUCUUUGAAGAUUUAAAAUUAGGGAAUCGAUAUGAACUACUUCUAUUUUGAGACAAUA